AUGGUUUCCGUUGAUGAUGGCGAGAAGAGCGUCACGGUAGGCUCCCGACGUGUCUCCCUUGACCAUGUCGGCGAGACUCUUCGAGUAGAGCUCAGCGAACUCGGUCUUGAUGAGCUCCAAAUCGACCUCCGAGCGAGUGACGAGCACACGGAUCAAGUCGUUGUCACGAGUGCCGAGUCCCUUCAUGGAUCCGUGAAGUUGUUGAGCGAAAAACUUUUGCUUGUCAGAAGCGGCACGAACGAUAGUCAGGUACGACUUCUGGAGAUCUCCCGAGAACUCCUUCUCAAUGCUCUUCUCGAUGGUUCCACCAGCGAGCUCCUGGAAGUAGGCGAACACCUUGCGGAGCUGGUAUUGGUUUUGGGUGGCAAGAAUGUGAAGGAACGUUUUACUUACAUCCUUAGCCAAAGCAUCGUUGGUAUCGUGGGAUCCGUCUUUGGAUCCAGUGACCAAGCUAACAAGCAAGUCACGGAACUCUCCAGAAGUGUCUCCAGCGAUGUCGGCCUCAAGGGCCUUUCCGAACUCCUUCUCGUAGGUGACACGGAUAGCACGAAGCUGAUCGACGGUUCUCGAGCAGAGAAUCUCAAUGAGAACAGCCUCAUCGGUUCCCAAUCCCUUCAUGGCGGCCUUCAGUUGCUUGACGUCGUAGUCCAAUGGAGUUUCCAUCAAAGCGAAGAUAGUCUUCUCCAAAUCUCCAGAGAACUUUUUGUCGAGCGCGGCGAUGAUGUCCUUGCCGUAUUUGAGCUUGUAUGGCUCGCGGAGAAGUUGCCGUUGAGCGUUGGAGAUCGAGGUGAGCACCUGGACGACGGCGUCCUUGUCUCCGGCGCGGAGAGCGCGGUCGAUCUUCUCAGCGAAGAUUGGAGCGUUGAACUCCUUGUUGUCGACGAUGGUUGCGUAUGGGGAAGUCAUUCUGAAAGAAACGAAUUGAUUAAUUUGAGAUUUGAAGAGCAUGAUGAGAGAAAAUACGGAAAUUAA